AUGGCCACUUCCAACUGGACCACACCUCACUCCACCACCUUCAUCCUCCUCGGCAUCCCAGGGCUAGAGGAAGCCCACGUCUGGAUCUCCAUCCCCUUCUGCUCCGUCUACAUCCUGUCUGUCAUGGGGAACUGCCUCCUCCUGGCUGUGAUCAAAUCUGAGCCGAGCCUCCAUGAGCCCAUGUACCUUUUCCUCGCCAUGCUGGCCUUCGCCGACCUGGUCAUCUGCACCACCACCGUGCCCCAAACCCUCUGCAUUUUCUGGUUCGGGGACCAGGACAUUCAUAUUGACGGUUGCCUGGCGCAGAUUUUUUUGAUUCAUGCUGUUAGUAGCAUGGAGUCCGGGUUCAUGCUGGCCAUGGCCUUCGAUCGCUACGUCGCCAUCUGUAACCCGCUGCGACACUCGGCCGUCCUGACCCAUCAGGCCAUAGCCAAGAUAGGGCUGGUCCUCAUCGUCCUGUCCUACAUCCUGAUCCUCCGGGCUGUCUUCAGCCUGCCUUCCAAGGAGGCCCGGCGCAAGUCCCUCAGCACCUGCAGCUCCCACAUCUGCAUCAUGCUGGUGUUCUACACCCCUGCAACCUUUUCCUUCCUCUCCCACCGCUUUGGCCACGUGGAGCCUCAUGUCCACAUCCUCAUCGCCAACAUUUACCUGCUCUUCCCACCCAUGAUGAACCCCAUCAUCUAUGGGGUGAGAACCCCGGGGAUCCGCCAGAGAUUGCUCUACAUCCUGGGCCUCAAGCCAGCCUAG